GAAAAUGCACUAAUUAAUCAUUGAAAAAGUUUCCAUAUAUGUCUUAACAGUCAACUACAGUCAUUUUCAUUCCCUAUUUUAUUAGUUUUGGAGAAUCAUCUUGAUUCAAAAGCUAACAACUACGUGAGGAGCAGCAUUUUAUAGGCAAAUAAGUGCACCAUCCUCCAUUUGUCACAAAUAUAAAAAAGUAUGUCUCAAAAUCUUAGCUUUGCCUAUAGAGAUUUUGUAAAUGGUCUUCACUAAUAAGCUUUUGAUCAGAAUGGCUUAUAUUAGUGAGAUAGAAUUCUGAGAUAGAGUACUUGGUUCUUUGGUUAAUGAAAUAAAAAUGAUUUACAAUACAAUAUUUGCCAAAAGCUUUAGUCGUUAUGAGCAGAAAAAGUUGGGAUAUGGAGCAUUUGUUGGCUUCAUGCUCAUAGUUUUGAGCCUUUGCACAGUGUUUAAGCCUUACUUGGUUCCUACACAUGAUUUGAAUCUGAAGCUCUCUAUUGGUGCUGACACCAAAAUGUUGAUGGUCAAUGACACAGGUGGCUCUCUAAAAAUAGCCAAAGACAUUGUAACAGAAAUACUUGUUGAAAGCAAUGGCAAUUCUCAACAUAUGAUUGAAGAUGAAAGAGUUGUAUCAAAGAACCCUGUUAACAAUGCCACAAGAAUCUCUCCACAAAUAGCUAAAGUUGAAGAUAAUGCAACAAGGACUCUCAUCAAUGAAACCAGCAUCUCUCCAACAAAAGCUGAAGUUGAAAAAUUAGAAACAAGAAAAGUAGAGCAAGAGCAACAACCACAGUGUGUUUCAGAAGCAAGAACAGAAUAUUGCCAAACCCAAGGAGAUACCCGAGUGCAUGGAAAUUCCUCUUCUGUUUACGUUGUGUCGCACAAAACACACAGCUUGGCUGAAAACGCGUCAUGGAUUAUAAGGCCUUAUGCUCGGAAGACUGAUGCAUAUGCAAUGAGUAGUGUAAGAAAAUGGACAAUUAAAGCUAGCAACCAAGUCCCACAGUGCACAAAAAAUCACAGUAUUCCAGCAGUAAUAUUCUCUACUGCAGGAUACACUGGAAACCACUUCCAUGAAUUCAGUGACAUCAUCAUUCCACUGUUUUUGACUUGUACACAAUUUAAUGGACAAGUACAGCUUAUUAUAACUGAUAAGGUGUCAUGGUGGAUUCCCAAACACCAAGCAUUUCUUAAAAAGCUGUCCAAGUAUGAGAUUAUGGACAUUGAUAAAGAUGAUGAAGUGCAUUGCUUCCCUAAGGUGAUUGUUGGGCUUAAGAGGUAUCAUAAAGAGCUUAGCAUUGACCCUCAAAAGUAUUCCUAUUCUAUCAAAGAUUUCAGAGAUUUUUUGAGAGAUUCUUAUUCACUAAAGAGAGUUAAUGCACUCAAAAUCAGAGAUAUUGACAAUCAAAUUAAGAAGCCUAGGCUCCUGAUUCUUUCAAGAAAAAGAUCAAGAUCCUUCACUAAUACAAAUCAAAUAGCAAAAAUGGCAAAGGGGUUGGGUUUCAAAGUAAUAGUUAUGGAAGCAGGGCAGAACAUGUGGAGUAUUGCAAAUGUUGUGAACUCUUGUGAUGUACUAAUGGGAGUUCAUGGUGCUGGUCUUACUAAUAUACUUUUCCUUCCUGAAAAUGCAAUUUUCAUUCAAGUUGUGCCUUACGGUGGGAUGCAAGUGGAUUGGCUGGCCACAAAUGAUUUUGCAAAGCCCUCAAAAGAUAUGAAUAUAAAGUACUUGGAAUAUAGAAUAAAUUUGGACGAAAGCACUCUUAUACAACAAUAUCCGUUAGACCAUAUGAUUAUAAAGGAUCCCUCAUCAAUAGUAAAACAGGGAUGGGAAGCCUUUAGGUCAGCAUAUUUUGACAAACAAAACGUAAAGCUUGAUGUUAAUAGGUUUAGACCAAAGUUACAGAGAGCCCUCGAGUUAUUGCAUCAAUAAGGUAUGGCUUUUGAUCUAGUUAGUUGGAUUCUUUAGGUUGUCAUGGUUAGUAAUCAGAUGAGAUCUCCAUAAUUUAUUUGUUUCUAUCCAUUGUUUUUUCCUAGAGUAGCUUACAGAGUAUUUGCAUUUGUACUAGUGAAGUUUUAGGCAUGGUUUUUGGAUAUAUUGCAAAUAACAAACAGUUUAAGCCACUGUUGUACUUGAUUCUACGUGUCCAAAAUUAAUAAAUCUAUGAAUGCUAAGGGUCUACACUCCAAAGCAUGGGUACUUCUAAAAUGAUGUGGCUACUCGUACCAGAUACGUACCUGGUACAAGUACGCGUACCGUACUCAUGGUACUUCAUUUUUUCUCAGAGUGAAAUUUGUAAUUUUCUCAUAUAUUUAUAUAGCAUUAUUUAUGUA